AUGUCUCAAGAGAGUGCUGAAGGCACGCCUGCAGAUGUCUCCAGGGGAUCCAAUGCCAAAGACACAUCGCAUGAUGGGCCAAUGUUCGAUCAGAUUCCUGGCCUGCAGUCCUGGCGUCGAACCCUUAUCUUCAUCGGCCUCUGCUUCGGUCUCUUUCUCGCUCUGAUGGAUACCUCGAUCAUGGCUACGGCUGUUUACACCAUCUCGCUCGAAUUCAACUCGCUUGCCAGCACAUUCUGGGCCGUUAUCGCCUAUCAGCUUGCUUACUUGGGCUUUGCGACCAUUUUUGCGCGGCUUAGCGAUUUCAUCGGACGUCGAGGGGCUGUGAUACUUGCAUUCGUCCUUUUCGUUGGUUUCUCGCUGGGCGGAGGGUGGUCUCAGAAUAUCAACCAGCUGAUCGUGUUUCGCACAUUUCAGGGAAUUGGUGGCGCAGGAUUAUAUGCACUGGCACUUAUCAUUCUCAUUGAGGUCAGUACCGCCAGGCUUAUUACCUUGACUUCGACGUUCAUUGGCGGGACAAUUGCUAUCGCGGGUGUGUUGGGCCCUAUUGUGGGAGGUCUCUGCCUUGGGCGGACUUCGACAUUAUCGGGGCCUUCCUCUUGCUGGCUGCCUCGGUACUCGUGGUCUUUGGCAUUAAAGAAGGCGGAUCCGGAUCUUAUAUCCUGGUCGAGUGUUGUUGUGGUUGCCACUAUUGUUGUCGGCGUCAUUUGCUGGAUCUUUCUGUUUGCGUGGGAAUACUACAUCUACCAACAGCAGCUUGAAGGGAAGUGGACAAACGUCGCAUCUAUGUUCCCAUUUGAACUCGUUAUGCACCAACCUAUGUUCGCAGGUAUUAUCUCUACUAUGCUUACUGGAUUUACGUUCUUUCUCGUCAUCAUCUCGCUGCCUCUCCGCUUUCAGAUUGUCAACCUCAAAUCCCCUUCUGCUGCAGGAGUCCACUUACUUCCUCUUCUCUGCUCUUGUGGAUUUGGCUCUUUCUUGGGAGGCGCCAUCUCCAGCAAAAAGAACCUGACCUUCUACACGUUUAUAAGCGCGAGCUGUCUGAUAAUGAUUGGUGCUGGUCUACUUUCUACUCUCGGAUCGGGCAUCUCAAUCGAGGGCAAAUGCUAUGGAUUCCAAGUCAUUCUUGGGCUAGGCGUUGGAUUGACAUUUUCUAGCAUAUCCCUUAUGACGUCCGUUGAGACUCAACUCAAUACACAUUCCGUAACUCAAGGAAUUGUUGCCCAGGUUCGUGUCUUUGGCGGAUCAAUUGGUGUAGCAGCCAGUAAUGCUAUGUUUGCAGCUACCUCUACCACAGACCUAAAGGGGAUUUUGACCCCAGCACAAAUCUCGGAUUUGCAGACAGAUACUGGGGUAUUAUCCAUUCUAAACGAGGCUGAAAGAGAGGCGGUCCGGGUUACGUAUAAUAAAGCGUUCGAUAGUAGCAUGAGGAUAUGCCUUUAUUUUGCAGCGGCCAGUUUGGUAGUCAAUAUUUUCAUUUGGCAGAAGAACCCACCGGGACUUCGCCAGAAGAGCCAACUGGUGGACGAGGAAAAGUGA